AUGUCUGUCAUCUCGAGCCUGAGGCACGUCCUCAGAGCUCGAUCUGGGGGCGGAGUCUUCUCGAACCGUAUAAGUAGGUCCCUGAUCGAUGGAGGAGCCGUACUUGAUCCACCUCUGUGAUCGUUACUAUGCUUUUUUUUAAUUUUGUUUUUCUCGCUAUGCUUCGCCUUUUACUAUGUAAAGUCACUUACCCUGGUUUUAAAUUCCCGUUUUCUGUAGUUUCCAUUCAAAUGAUAUGUUUCAGUUUUAGAAUCUCUGAACAAGAAGCCUUUUUCGCAUUUUACAAUUUUCAAAUCAAAUGAAACACAACUCACUUCUUUACUUUCAGUACCUUCCUCUCAAAACUUCCCUAAACUCAAUAUGAUCGCCGUCGCCUUCGACCUCGAACUCCUCGCCGCCAAGAUCAGCGAGAAGCUGAAGCUCCAGGAAGCGGCCAAGCAGGCGACCGAGCAGAGAAGAGCCGCUUUCGAGCACAGACUCCGACUCGAGGACCAGUGGGUGGCUCGGCUGCAGUCCAUGCAGACUUCCGACCACGAGGUCCAGGCCGAGUUCCGCAAGCUCUUCUUCCAGGUCAGUUCUCGAGUUUUCGAAAAGAAUGUAAAUAUCUGUUUUGCAGUUUGUCCGCACUCCCGAAAUCGCAACCGGCAAGAUCACUCGAUACGACGCUCAGUACCUCCUCGUGAGUUUUCCUCUUUCAUUAACUCGACUUUUUCAUUGAUAUUUUAAAUCCUUUAGACACACAUCUGUGAAAAAUCCCUCCCAAACGAAAACCAUUUCUAGAGCUUGUCCCAGAGCGUCCUCAACAAGCUGGACGACGAGGUAGUCAUGCUCGACCUCCAAAUCAACGAACUCGCGAAGCUCUACCGGCAGUCGUCCCAGAAGGUCAUCCUGGAGAUCCAACGAGUCGGCCACCUCAUCCGAUACGAAUCCGUCCGUCUCAGCCAGGCUCUCCACGACUUCCAGUACAACUGCGUGAGUUUCUAGGAUUAUCCCAAUAACUACUUUCAAAUCUGAAAAAUAUUUUCCCUCAUUCCAAUCCAAUCAUUUUCCAGUCGUACGGGUCCAUCUUCUUCGAUUCGUUGGACGAGAUCAAGAACUACGUCGAGUGUCUUCGAAUCGCCGUCUCCCAAGUUCCAGCCUUCGUCGAGAUCCGGGAACAGCUCCAGCUCUAA